UAAUUGGCUGGAGUGGCUGAGGGAGGAAAAUGGCCGCGGGUACGUCUGUAGUCCCGGUGGCCGUGCCCACCGCGGCGGUAUCCGGCGUGUCCACCAAAGCCGAUUUUUCAGACUUACGGGAAAUUAAAAAGCAGCUUCUGCUUAUCGCGGGCCUCACUCGGGAGCGGGGCCUUCUGCACAGCAGCAAAUGGUCCGCCGAGUUGGCCUUCUCGCUACCCGCGUUACCGCUGGCCGAGCUGCAGCCGCCGCCGCCCAUUACCGAGGAGGAUGCUCAGGAUAUGGAUGCUUAUACCCUGGCUAAGGCCUACUUUGAUGUUAAAGAGUAUGAUCGGGCAGCGCAUUUCCUACAUGGCUGCAAUAGCAAGAAAGCCUAUUUCCUGUAUAUGUAUUCCAGAUACCUGUCUGGAGAGAAAAAGAAGGAUGAUGAAACAGUUGAUAGCCUAGGUCCUCUAGAAAAAGGACAAGUGAAAAAUGAGGCCCUUAGAGAACUGAGAGUGGAGCUCAGCAAAAAACACCAAGCUCGGGAACUUGAUGGAUUUGGUCUUUAUCUCUAUGGUGUGGUGCUUCGAAAACUAGACCUGGUAAAAGAGGCCAUUGACGUGUUUGUGGAAGCUGCUCAUGUUUUGCCUUUGCAUUGGGGAGCCUGGUUAGAACUCUGUAACCUGAUCACAGACAAAGAGAUGCUGAAGUUCCUGUCUUUGCCAGACACCUGGAUGAAAGAGUUUUUUCUGGCUCACAUAUACACGGAAUUGCAGCUGAUAGAAGAGGCCCUGCAGAAGUAUCAGAAUCUCAUUGAUGUGGGUUUUUCUAAGAGCUCAUAUAUUGUGUCACAAAUUGCAGUUGCCUAUCAUAAUAUCCGAGAUAUCGACAAAGCUCUUUCUAUUUUUAAUGAGCUGAGGAAACAAGAUCCUUACAGGAUUGAAAAUAUGGAUACAUUCUCUAACCUUCUUUAUGUCAGGAGCAUGAAAUCUGAAUUAAGUUACCUGGCCCAUAACCUCUGUGAAAUUGAUAAAUAUCGUGUAGAAACAUGCUGUGUAAUUGGCAAUUAUUACAGUUUACGUUCUCAGCAUGAGAAAGCAGCCUUAUAUUUCCAGAGAGCCCUAAAAUUGAAUCCUCGGUAUCUUGGGGCCUGGACACUGAUGGGGCAUGAGUACAUGGAAAUGAAGAACACAUCUGCUGCUAUUCAGGCUUACCGUCAUGCCAUUGAAGUCAACAAGAGAGACUAUAGAGCUUGGUAUGGCCUUGGGCAGACCUAUGAAAUCCUUAAGAUGCCAUUUUACUGCCUUUACUAUUAUAGACGGGCCCACCAGCUUCGUCCCAAUGAUUCACGUAUGCUGGUUGCCUUAGGAGAAUGUUACGAGAAACUCAAUCAACUAGUGGAAGCCAAAAAGUGUUAUUGGAGAGCAUACGCUGUGGGAGAUGUGGAGAAAAUGGCUCUUGUGAAACUGGCGAAGCUCCAUGAACAGCUGACUGAGUCAGAGCAGGCUGCCCAGUGUUACAUCAAAUAUAUCCAAGAUAUCUAUUCCUGUGGGGAAAUAGUGGAACACUUGGAGGAAAGCACUGCUUUCCGCUAUCUGGCCCAAUACUACUUUAAGUGCAAGCUGUGGGAUGAAGCUUCAACUUGUGCUCAGAAGUGUUGUGCUUUCAACGAUACCCGGGAAGAAGGGAAGGCCCUGCUCCGGCAAAUCCUACAGCUUCGGAACCAAGGCGAGACACCCACCACUGAGAUGCCUGCUCCCUUUUUCCUUCCCACUUCACUGUCUGCGAACAACACUCCUACACGCAGAGUUUCUCCACUCAACUUGUCUUCAGUCACACCAUAGUUGGCUACUCUCAAGUCAGCAUGUUGCUAGACCAACAUUUAGCCUUACCCCAUGCAAAGAACAGCCACAUCUGUUCUGGGACCUAAGCUCUUCUCAUUUCUACAGAUGGAAACAGCUCUGGGUACAGUUCAUAUAAUCACCUUCAGAGGCAGACAGAAAUACUGGCAAGGACAGAUUCUGUCUUUAUUUAGAAGCACUUUUAUCUUCCUUCUGUUCAGAGACUGGCAAUUCUUAGCCUUCCUAGAAAGUCUCCCCAAUGCCUCCUCUCUCCCACACUCCAUCCCCAACAAAUCCCUUUUACACCACUUCACCACAAAUACUACAGAAAUGAGGUUUUAAUGCUGCUGAGAGUGGGAUAGGCAAGGAAGGGAGUAAAGACCUUUUUAAAAAAACUAUUAUUUGAACACUGGGCAUGGUGGCACAUGCCUUUAAUCCCAGCACUUGGGAGGCAGAGGCAGGCAGAUCUCUGUGAGUUCAAGGCCAGGCUGGUCUACAUAGUGAGUUCUAGGCCAGCCUCACUACAGGGAGACCCUGUUUCAAAAGACCAAUAAAAACAAAACAAAACAACUUUAUUAUUUGAGACAGGGUCUCUGUGUAGCCUAGUCUGGGAUCUUCCUGCAUCACCAGGAAUCUUUAGUGCUGGGAUUAUAGGCAUAUGCCUGGCUAGAAAGGACCUUUUAUUUUGCUGAGUGUGUCCUCUAUUCUGAAUUAAAAGAUUAGGUUUAAACAGAGUAGAGCUGUACAUGUAUUCCUUGGGAGACAGUUUUGGUAAGGAGUCUUCUAAAAGCUUUCAUAUUGGACUAAAAAAAUUUCAGUGAGCAUGAACUAUGGCUCUUGAGGGCAAAGAUGGCUAUAUAGCAUUAGCCUGUACCCUUACCAAAAGCAAAGCAAAGAGACAAUAUACAGAUAACUUCAUGGGCAUUUGAAAACUUUUUUUUUUUUUUUUUAACUAUAGAUAAUAAACUUCAUGCUGGUAUCUUUUAGUAAAUGCUUGAUGUGAUUGUUUUUUUCCCCCAAAGAAUACUUUUUUUUUCAACUUUAUCUAGACAAGGUUAAGGGAAUCUUGUGUUCUUGAGGGUUUUAGUCAGUGCAUAUGUGUUCAGUAGCAGGUAAAACACUUGGACUAUGAUGUCUGCUAAAACAAUUUGUAUAGUAGAUGCUAUGGAUCACUCUGAGCUUAGGAUCUAGCCUUCCUUCUCUUGUUCCCAGAACAUUUUUACUCUUAAUGUAUGAUACUU